GACAUUGAAGAUCAUUUUAAUCCCCGGCCUGCUACCCUCGUUGAAAUCAAUACCGGGCCAUUUCUUUCAAUCAUUUUUCGUGAUCUGAUCCCAACAUCAUGGGUCCUACGUUCUUUCGGUCAGGGCUAACAUCUCUGCUUUCUAUAUCUUCUGUAUGCCUAUCUUAUGCCGCUGAUGUUCAGAAGCGGGAUUUAGUAGCCCCAGCCUCACCGGUGGCCAACUGGACGUUUACAGGAUGCUACACCGACCAAGUUGGGCAGCGCACAUUGACUGGAGGUGCUGAGGCUACCAACGCGAUGACAAACACUCAAUGUAUUCAGUUCUGUGCUGCCAAGGGAUUCUACUAUGCAGGGACGGAGUACUCUGCCGAAUGCUACUGCGGGAACUCAUUUAUGAAUGGAGGCACAAUCGCAAACGUGGACGAUUGCAACAUGGCAUGCAACGGCAAUGCAAAUGAGCCCUGCGGUGGCCCUAACAGGCUGACCGUAUACAACACCACCAUACCUCCUGGGCCUGUUGGGCCUUUUAUCAAUCCGGGGGUCAAUGGUUUCCGAACCCUUGGGUGCUAUAGCGACUCGGUUCAAGCUCGUACUCUUCCCAUUGGCGUGCAAACCGCUGGUGGUCCGGGAUCGAUGACCGUUGCACUCUGCAUUUCAGCCUGCGCUGCCGGAAACUACUUGUAUGCCGGCUUGGAAUACGCACAAGAGUGCUAUUGCAGCAAUGCUAUUUCUAAUGAUGGUGCUCCAGCGCCUAUUGGUGACUGCGACAUGGUCUGUAAUGGUAAUUCCUCGGAAUUUUGCGGUGCAGGCAAUAGGUUAAACGUGUACACGACCCGACAGGCACCAGAUGGGUGGUCUUCGCUCGGCUGCUACACUGAUGGUGUUAAUGGGCGAACUCUGACUACGCGAGAAUUCCCUUCCGGAGGUUUGACUACUGAAUCCUGCCUUGCGGCUUGCAAGACUGCAGGUUUUGCUUAUGCUGGCACCGAGUAUGCCGGAGAGUGCUACUGCGGAAACUCAUUCGCUAAUGGCGGCGGUCCUGCCCCUGAUGGCAAUGCAGGAUGCAAUAUGGCUUGUAACGGCAAUGCGCAGGAAACGUGCGGUGGACCCAAUAGACUGAAUGUAUACCAGUACGGAGAUGGACCAGUAUCCAGCAGCAGUGCUUCAGCUGCCGUUUCUACCACUGCAACGUCCAGCAGCGUCCCCUCGCCUACCUCACUUCCUCCUGGGUGGUCUUAUCAAGGAUGCUGGAUCGAUAAUGCUAAUGGACGUGUCAUGAACAACGGACAAGCCGACAACAACAAAAUGACUGUGGAGUCUUGUAUUGCGACCUGUAGCAGUCUUGGUUAUUCUGUGGCUGGCAUGGAAUACAGCGUGCAAUGCUUCUGCGACAACUUCCUGCGAAACGCUGCCACCAACACAUCGGAUUCGGACUGUAGUAUGACCUGCGGUGGAAAUUCUGCCGAGAAGUGUGGUGCGGGAAACAGGCUGAGCGUUUAUUCAAAUUCCAGCUUAGCGGUCCUUCCAGUACCUUCCGUCCAGAAAACCAACCUGACCGGGAGUUGGACAUACGCUGGCUGCCUUACCGACGACGCGCAAACCAGAGCCCUCCCGUAUCAGAUCAUCCUAAAUAACAAUAACACAGCAAAUAACUGCAUUUCACAAUGUUCUGCAUUUGGGUAUAAUGCCGGCGGUAUGGAAUACGGAAACGAGUGUUACUGUGGUGAUGUUGCUGAUACUCAAGCCGUUGGCGCAACUUAUGUAUCGGAAUCGCAAUGCCAGUUCGCCUGCAGUGGAAAUGCCACGACCAUUUGUGGAGGAGCCCGCCGCCUUUCCUUCUACACCUGGAACGGCACAGCCUUAACUACAUGGAACUAUGCCUCAGGAAACGCCGCGGGAGCCUACCAAUUCCUCAUUGGAGGCGUGAUUGUUCCAUUGGUAACUCAGGCGGCUCGAAAUGGCAAGGUGACCUUCAUGGAGAAGUGGGGCACUGGCCCACCCAACACAACGGGGGCCUAUGAACUUGACAUUGCACAGCUAGAUAACUUUACUGCUGCUUGGAGGCCAAUGCACGUCAAGACGGAUAUCUUCUGUUCCAGUUCCUUGACACUUCCUGAUAAGGCUGGUCGGCAAAUUAAUAUCGGCGGAUGGGCUCUGGAUUCAACAUUUGGCAUUCGACUGUAUUGGCCCGAUGGUUCUCCUGGCGUCUGGGGUACGAAUGACUGGCAUGAGAACGUGCAGCAAGUGUCACUUCAAGCUGGUCGGUGGUAUCCAACCGCUAUGAUUAUGCCGAACGGCUCCAUUCUCGUUGUUGGCGGCGAGCAAGGUUCUAACGGUGCUCCUACUCCUUCCCUUGAAAUUCUUCCAACCGUCGGGCCUGUGUUGUUCUGCGACUGGCUGAAUCGAACUGAUCCAAACAACUUGUACCCAUACCUCGCCGUCCUUCCCACUGGUGGAGUUUUCGUGGCGUAUUACAAUGAGGCUCGGAUUCUGGACGAAGGAACAUUGCAGACUACCAAGGUGCUCCCUAAUAUGCCGGGCGCUGUUAAUAAUUUUCUUGCUGGACGUACUUACCCUAUGGAAGGCACUGCUGUUCUCCUUCCUCAGUCGGCGCCCUACACUGAUCCACUGAAGAUCAUGAUUUGCGGUGGCUCCACUCCAUACCAGGGUUUUGCGCUUGACAACUGUGUUACCAUUGCACCUGAAGUUGAAAAUGCGACUUGGACACUUGAGCGAAUGCCAUCAAAACGAGUGCUCACGUGCAUGACUGCCCUUGCAGAUGGGACCUAUAUCAUUAUAAACGGGGGUCAUCAAGGUUUUGGUGGUUUCGGCCUUUGCACUGAUCCCAAUCUCAACGCAGUCUUGUAUGAUCCCAGUAGGCCUCUCAACAACCGCUUCACUGUCAUGGCCAAUACUACCGUCGCUCGGCUCUAUCACUCUGAGGCUAUCCUAAUGGAUGACGGACGUGUUCUUGUGUCAGGCUCAGAUCCCGAAGACGAUCGAUACCCUCAGGAGUAUCGUGUCGAGGUCUUUGUCCCUCCAUACUUAAUGGGCAAUCCAACCCGUCCAACUAUAAAUAUGUCCAAUUCGCAAAAGGACUGGGCCUAUGGCCAAGGGUACACGUUUACUUCGUCACAAACCAUCUCCAAGGUUACCCUUCUUGGUGCAGGAUCGUCAACACAUGGUAACUCCAUCGGGCAGAGGACUAUUAUCCCGGCCUUUUCCUGUACUGGCGGAUCAUGCACGGUUACGGCACCUCCAAACGCACACGUCUGCCCGCCAGGUUGGUUCCAGAUGUUUGCUCUAAAUUCAAACGGUACGCCUGGCAUGGCUCAAUGGGUUAGGAUUGGCGGCGACCCUGCUAAGCUUGGCAACUGGCCACCCGGUGGGGGCUUUCAGUUACCUGGCAUUUAGUCGUUAUCACUUGUUCAUACAACUUUCUUUUGUUCAUAGUUCUAAUAUUUUGUUUCUAAUGCGUAUAUUGAGAUAGCUUUCUUCCUGGUAUCAGACUUUAUAGCAUUUUUAAGCGAUCUAAUUGGCAGUUGUGGAGGAGACAAGUGUUUGUGUAUGUCAUUCUUACUCGCCUGUAAGGUUCUUUGUAUUUACAAUCUG